AUGAAGAUGGCCAUGUCUCUCAUCCGAGCGUGCCGCAGCCUGGCUCUCUCAACAUGGCUGCUUUCCUUUUGUUUCGUGCAUCUGCUCUGCCUGGACUUCACCGUGGCCGAGAAGGAGGAAUGGUACACCGCCUUCGUGAACAUCACCUACGCCGAGCCGCCGCCGGAGCCCGGGGCGGGGGGCGGCGGCGCCGAGCUGCACACCGAGAAGACCGAGUGCGGCCGCUACGGCGAGCACUCGCCCAAGCAGGACGCCCGCGGCGAGGUGGUCAUGGCCAGCGCGGCCCACGACCGCCUGGCCUGCGACCCCGGCACCAAGUUCGCCGCCCCGGCCCACGGCAGGAACUGGAUCGCCCUCAUCCCCAAGGGCAACUGCUCGUACAGGGAAAAGAUCCGGAACGCCUUCCUGCAGAACGCCUCGGCCGUGGUCAUCUUCAACGUGGGCGCCAGCGCCAACGAGACCAUCACCAUGGCCCACCCAGGCGUAGAAGACAUCGUAGCGAUAAUGAUUCCUGAGCCCAAAGGGAAGGAGAUAGUGAGCCUGCUGGAAAGAAACAUCACCGUGACGAUGUACAUCACCAUUGGUACCCGGAACUUGCAGAAAUACGUGAGCCGCACUUCGGUUGUGUUUGUCUCCAUCUCCUUCAUCGUCCUGAUGAUCAUUUCCCUCGCGUGGCUGGUCUUUUAUUAUAUCCAGAGGUUUCGAUAUGCAAAUGCCAGGGACAGGAACCAGCGCCGACUGGGAGAUGCAGCCAAGAAAGCAAUCAGUAAGCUCCAGGUCAGGACCAUCAAGAAGGGCGACAAGGAAACAGAGCCUGACUUUGACAACUGUGCAGUCUGUAUUGAAGGGUACAAGCCCAGCGACGUGGUCCGGAUCUUACCCUGCCGGCAUCUUUUCCACAAGUCCUGUGUUGACCCCUGGCUCCUAGACCAUCGCACCUGCCCCAUGUGCAAGAUGAACAUUCUUAAAGCCCUAGGGAUCCCGCCCAAUGCCGACUGCAUGGAUGACCUGCCCACCGACUACGAGGGGUCCCUGGGAGGCCCACCGACCAACCAGAUCACAGGUGCAAGCGACACGACUGUAAACGAAAGUUCAGUCACUUUGGACCCUGCUGUCCGGACUGUGGGAGCCUUGCAGGUGGUCCAGAAUACAGACCCCACCCCGCAGGAGGGAGAUGUAAUCUUUUCUACUAACAGUGAGCAGGAGCCAGCUGUCAGCAGUGACUCUGAUAUCUCGCUGAUUAUGGCAAUGGAGGUUGGACUAUCUGAUGUAGAACUUUCCACUGACCAAGACUGCGAAGAGGUGAAAUCGUGA